ACCGUUUUCCCCAUCCCUUCCUAUUAUUCUUAUUCUUUUGAGUAUUCUUCAUUGUCAAGCCGCCAAAGUGGAGAGUGUGAUUGCAGAAGGGGGUGCUUCUCGUUUCAGUGCUUCUUCGGGGGGAGGAGGUGGUAGGAGUGCACCUCAGCACUAUCCCAAGACUGUCGGCAACAGCGAGUUCCUGGGGAAAACCCCAGGGCAAAGCGUUCAGAGAUGGGUUCCUUCACGAAGCACUAGACGAGAUGUCAACUCCAGCAACGAAAAAGAGCGACACGAUGCAAUCUUCAGGAAAGUGAGGGGCAUACUCAACAAACUCACGCCUGAGAAGUUUGACAAGCUAUGCCUUGAGCUCCUAAACGUGGGCGUAGAUUCAAAACUCGUCCUUAAAGGAAUCAUCUUGCUGAUUGUAGACAAAGCCCUAGAAGAGCCGAAGUAUAGCUCGCUCUAUGCUCAGCUAUGUCUGCGCUUGGCAGAGGACGCACCAAACUUUGAUGGCCCUUCAUCUGAGAUCCAAACAUCCCAAAAGCAGAGCACAACCUUCAGAAGACUGCUGAUUUCCAAACUUCAAGAUGAAUUUGAAAACCGCGCCAGAAAUGUUGAAAUCUAUGACAAACAUGACAACCCUCUUACUUCUGAAGAGGAGGAGCAGCGUGCCAUUGCCAAGAUCAAGAUGCUUGGCAACAUUAAAUUCAUCGGGGAACUUGGCAAGCUCGACCUCAUCCACGAAUCUAUCCUUCAUAAGUGCAUCAAAACACUUCUGGAAAAGAAGAAGAGAGUUCAGCUCAAGGAUAUGGGGGAGGAUCUGGAGUGCCUCUGUCAGAUAAUGAGAACAGUGGGGCCGAGACUCGACCAUGAGAAAGCAAAGUCUUUAAUGGAUCAGUACUUUGGCCGUAUGCGAUCCUUAAUGAACAACAAGGAGUUGCCUGCUAGGAUCCGCUUCCUGCUGCAAGACACAGUGGAACUGCGAGAAAACAACUGGAUCCCCCGCAAGGCUUUCAUUGACAACGGACCAAAGACGAUUAACCAGAUCCGUCAGGAUGCAGUGAAAGUGAGUCAGGAUUUGGGUGUUUUCAUCCCAGCACCCAUGUCUCAGGGGAUGAGGAUGGACUUCUUCCUGGAAAGCCCCUUCAUACCCAACAGAGUGAAACUGGACAGGGAGACUCUCGGGGGAUUGGCCGACAUGUUUGGACAGAUGCCAGGCAGUGGGAUUGGAACUGGUCCGGGGGUUAUUCAGGAUAGGUACUCGCCCACUAUGGGACGCCAUCGCACCAACCCGCUCUUCAACGGCCACGGUGGCCACAUCGCCCCUCAACCACAGUCACAGUUCGACAUGGGGCCAAAGUCUUUUGUUAAGUCCAACCAGGUUCAGAACCAGCAUUUCCUCAACCAGAACCAGAACCAUAUGGCCCAGCAGCAGGUCCAGUCCAAGGACAUGCCUCCACGUUUCAGCAAGAAAGGACAGCUAAAUGCAGAUGAGAUCAGCCUCAGGCCUGCUCAGUCAUUCCUCCUCAACAAGAACCAGGUACCCAAGCUCCAGCCCCAGAUCCCCACCAUGAUGCCUCCCAGCGCCCAGCCUCCUCGAACUCAAACCCCACCUCUGGGACAGCCUCCACAGCUUGGCCUGAAGACCAACCCUCCGCCCAUCCAAGAGAAACCUCAGAAGACGAGCAAGAAACCACCUCCUGCCAGGGAGGAACUGCUUAAAAUGACUGAGGCGAUCAUGACGGACUACUUCAACAGUAAGAACCUGACUGAGGCUGUAAGCGGUGUGCGCGAGAUGAGGGCUCCCAAGCACUUCCUGCCAGAGAUGCUGAGUAAGAUCAUCGUGUGUUCCCUGGACCGUCCUGAUGAGGAUAAGGAGCACGCGAGCACUCUGAUCCACACACUUCGCACCGAGGGCCUCAUCACUGGAGAGAACUUCAUGCAGGCUUUCCUCAACGUCCUGGACCAGUGCCCUAAGAUCGAGCUGGACGUGCCCUUGGUGAAGUCCUACCUGGCCCAGUUUGCAGCCCGGGCCAUCAUUGCGGAGCUGGUGAGCGUGGCGGAGCUGGCUCACCCCCUGGAGAACGGCACCCACUUCCCCCUCUUCCUGCUUUGCCUGCAGCAGACGGCCAAGCUGAAGGACCGCGAGUGGCUCACCGACCUCUUCCAGCAGAGCAAGGUCAACAUGCAGAAGAUGCUCCCAGAAAUCGAUCAGAACAAGGACCGCAUGCUGGAGAUCCUGGAGGGGAAGGGCCUGAGCUUCCUGUUCCCGCUGCUGAAGCUGGAGAAGGAGCUGCUGAAGCAGAUAAAGGCAGACCCCUCUCCACAGUCCAUAUACAAGUGGAUUAAAGACAACAUCUCUCCCAAGCUCCACACUGACAAAGGUUUUGUCAACAUCCUCAUGACCAGUUUCCUCCAGUACAUCUCCCUGGAGCUGUGCAUGGCGGAGAGCGACGAGCAGCUUGCGGCUCCCUCCAAAGAGCAGCUGGAGCAGGAGAAACAGCUGCUGCUGGCCUUCAAGCCCGUCAUGCAGAAGUUCCUGCACGACCAUACCGAGCUGCAGGUCAGCGCUUUGUACGCCCUGCAGGUGCACUGCAACGCCAGCGCGUUCCCUAAAGGCAUGCUGCUGCGCUAUUUUGUCAACUUCUACGACAUGGAGAUCAUUGAAGAAGAAGCCUUCCUUGCAUGGAAAGAAGACAUUACCCAAGAAUUCCCUGGAAAAGGAAAGGCCUUAUUCCAGGUCAACCAGUGGCUCACCUGGCUGGAGACGGCGGAGGAGGAGGAGUCAGAAGACGAAGCCGAUUGAGGAAACCAAGCAGAAGCACCCUGACGUAGACCUCAUCUUAUCGUUACAGUCGCCUUUCCUUUAUUAUUAAACUCCAUGCUUAAUUUAACCACUACCACCUGGCAGUCAGCUGCUUCUGUCUUGCAAAUAUAAACCGAAAGCUUGUUACCAGUAGGGCCUCAUGUGUUACCACCCGUACCGUGACGAUAGGAUGAGAAGCAUCAUUUGACCUGUUGCCUAAUGGAAGUUUGAUUUUGGAUCUGUGUCCUGAUCAGCUACAUGAAUUCUGAAGUCUGGAGUGGCUCAACCAUGUGUUUUUUUUUUUUUUUCUUUUUGCUCUGACUGUGUUGAGUUUGUAACUUUUUUUUUUUUUUCACUGUAUUGCAUGUUUUUCCAUUUCCACUCGAUUCUUACUGAUUUGAACCCCCCCACCCCAAAAGUGAAACAAGUGCUCCUUUUUGCUAAUGCUAGUUAAAGACACAAGACCAUUAACAAAAAGGUUUUUGUCAGUGACAUGCUUUGUGAUCUUCUGUAAGGGCCCGGCCUGGAUUUCUUUCCAUCAUGCUCAUGUGAUCCUUAAAAAAUCAAAGACUGUGAUAUUCAGCCUUUGUUUUAGAAAGUAUAAUGAAUGGCAAGGGGGCCCACUGAAGUGAGAGUGGAGCAUAAGCUGGCAAGACUUCUUCUAAAUGAAUUAAGGUGCGUGUUAAGUCGACCUAAAAACCAAUCCCUUUUUUUUUUUUUGUGAACUCUCCCCUAUCAGGAGAUCCCCCCCCCCCUUUUUUUUAGUUAACUGUCCCCUUUUUGUUGUCUUUUAUUACAUGAGUGGUUGCAAUACUCAUUAUCCUCCAAAUGUUACAAUAUUUAAAAGUUGUAAUCAUUGGUGUGCCGCCGUAAACGUUUCAAAGUUGCCUGUGUUUCUACCUCUUAGUUAGAUGGGCUUUUGUUUGUUUGUUUUUGUGCUGGGAUAAUGAAAUCUAAGAAGAACCUAGAUCCCAAGCACAUGCUGAAGUAUUUGAUUUAGUCCUGGCCUAAUUGCACGAUAAAUUUACUGAAGCAGUCUUUUCCUACAAAGCUUCACACGGUUUACAAAUAUUGUUUGAGAACAAAACAAAAGCUUGUUUUUAUUAAUUCGACAGCUCAGCAUCCUCUUUGAAAAAUGUACUGUAAGAUGCGGGGGGUUUCCUCUCGUCCAGUGACGGUGCAAAUGUGGCCUGUUAGGAUAAAAAAACGAGUACAUUUUGUUUUUCUUAAAUUGGCAAAAGAAAAGCCUUUAUAUAAGUUAAUCCCCCUCCUCCCCCUUACUAAAAUAAGUCUAACAGCAAAAUAAAUAAUAAGCAACGCUAAGAAACAACUUUUAGCCAAGAACUGUAAGGCAAUGGAUUUGGAUUAAAUUGUAAGCUAUUCAAAAAUAUUGUGCACCUCCUAUUGCUUUAAUGUCAAUAAAGUCCAGUACAUGAGCACCAAAA